UUCUCUGGACACACCAGUGACAGUUACAAAGCCAGUGUCCUGGACCUUUCCAGGUUUCCCGGACAGUUGAGGUGGAGGCUUCAUGGCUGCUUCAGUGAAAGAAUGCCUUCAGCUUCAGCUACUAGAAAUGGAAAUGCUAUUUUCUAUGUUUCCUAAUGAAGGAGAAGUAAAACUUGAAGAUGUAAAUGCCCUGUCGAUUAUAAAGCAAUAUCUGGAAGGCACCAGGAAGGCACUACCACCAAAAAUUGAAUUUGUGAUUACUCUGUCGAUUGAGGAGCCCAAGGUGAAAAUUGAUUUGCAAGUGACCAUGCCUCACAGCUACCCUGAUGUAGCACUGCAACUGUUUGGGCGCUCUUCUGAGCUUGACAGACAACAGCAGCUACUUCUCAACAAAAGUCUUACUUCUUACAUAGGAACUUUUGAUCCAGGUGAGCUGUGUGUGUGCGCAGCAAUCCAGUGGUUGCGGGAUAAUAGUGCCUCUUAUUUCUUGAACAAAAGGCUAGUUUAUGAACCAUUCACGCAAGCAAAGCCAAUCAAGAACACCUUCCUCCGAAUGUGGAUCUACAGUCACCAUAUAUAUCAGCAGGACUUAAGGAAAAAGAUCUUGGACAUUGGGAAAAGGUUAGAUGUGACUGGAUUUUGCAUGACAGGAAAGCCUGGUAUAAUCUGUGUGGAGGGUUUCAAAAAUCAUUGUGAAGAGUUUUGGCAUGCAAUUAGGUAUCCCAAUUGGAAGCACAUUUCAUGUAAGCAUACUGAAAGUAUAGAAACGGAAGGAAAUGGGGACGAUCUGCGCCUCUUCCAUGCUUUUGAAGAAUUACUCUUUGAGGCCCAUGGAGACUAUGGAUUGAGGAAUGACUAUCACAUGAAUCUGGGCCAGUUCUUAGAGUUUCUGAGAAAACACAAGAGUGAGCAUGUUUUCCAGAUAUUAUUUGGUAUUGAAAGCAAAAGUUAAGGCCCUUAGGAAGAUAUUUGAUCUAUGUGCUUGUCAUCAUUAAACCUGUGUUUCUGUGUUAAUAAGACCAAAUUAAAUGGGCCAGUAUCUAUUUAGUGGAUUUUGAUAAUUGUAGGACCAGAAUUUCUACCUGGUAAUAAAAUACACCAGUCUUUUAACUUUGUAACCGUGCAACUGUGAUAUUAUUUAUCUCUGUGUUCUUGUAUUAUUUGAAAAUUAUUUAAUUUGAUUUAACCAGUAAAGCUGAUUUGAUUAAAGGGGAACCCAAAGCCCA